AUGGGAUACCUCCAAGGUGAUCAUGAUCUGUGUAUAACUAACCCAAGACUAGAGGAUGCCGGGGUUUACACCUGCAGAAUAAAGAAAUUUGGAAAAGAAGGAGCAGAUUUAACGACCUGUAAAAUAAAUAUUGAAGAGUUUCCACACAAGUUUUCUAAAAGACUAGAAUCGAGUAUUGAUGCCACAGAGAUGGAAGAUAUCAUUCUUCAGGUAAUAACAGAAGAAAAGAAUGCAACUGUUUCUUGGUUCAAGGAUGAUAAAGAAAUAAUGAUUGAAAGAAAAAGACAACAAAGGUUGUUCCUGUUAAGCAAAGAUUGGACGCAUCAGCUUCGUAUUGAGAAUUGUAAAACAGAAGAUUCUGGAUUGUACACUGUUAAGACAAACAAGGAUUCAAGCUCAUGUACGGUACAAGUGCAAGAAUAUCCACACUUGCUGAGCACUAGACUGCCUGAGGAAGUUUCCGUCCUGGAAGGACAGAGGGUUCAUCUAGAGAUUAGAACUCAAGAUGAACAGGCAGAGGUUGAUUGGGUUCUCAAUGGUAAUAAGAUACAACCAGAAAGAAGCAGGUUGGCUCGUUUACAACUCCAAGUAUCAGGAUGCGUCAGAAGUUUAACAAUUAAGAAAGCUGAACCCUGUGAUUCAGGAUGUUUACGAGUAUCAACAAACAAAGAUUCUUCACAAACACAACUGAAAAUUAAAUGUCAGAAUGAGUUUACUAAACGUUUAGAGGAAUCUGUAAACUUUUCGGAAAACUCAAAGGCUGAGCUGUAUGUUCAAGUCCGAGAUAUAUAUGCUCCAGUAUCAUUCUAUAUUGACAGGAUGCUGUUGGAAGAAGAGGACGGACGGAUAGAAAUAGAAAACAAUGGACUAGGGCAACAUCUAAUUAGGUUUUUAAAGGUGAGGUUAGAAGACGCCGGACUGCUGUGUGCCAAGACACCAAGUAACCGGGGGGAAGAGAUGCUGCAAUGUAAAUGUAUCUUUAAUGUAUCACCUUGUGAAUCUGCUCCCAUAUUAGGUCCCGCAGACCCAGUGACAUGUGUGGCGAUCCUUCACAGUUUUAGUGACAGGAUGAAUUCUUAUAUUCAAAAGGAACAAUGCAGGAUUAUAAUCCCGUACAAGAUCGAAGGUGCUCGUCUCUCUACGGUUGAUAUUCUAGUGGAGAAGGAUGGACAUGAACUAGAAGUUGGAAAUGAAAUUCAGAUGAGAGUAAUGACCGAUAAAAUACAGAUAGAUGUUAUAAACCCACAGCGCAGUAACUCAGGCCUGUAUAAGGUAACUAUGUCGAAUGAUGAAGGUUCAGCUAGUAUCCAGGUUCCUGUUCUAGUACUGGAUAUACCUUCCUCUCCAGUAUCCUGCACUUUAUCUCAAGUAUUCAAGGAUUCAGUUACUGUUCAAUGGACUCCUCCUGCGGAUGACGGUGGGUGCAGUAUAAAGCACUACAUCGUGGAGUCCUUGGACUUCACUACCAGCAACAUCUGGUCUACCGUUGCCAUGUCAGAGUCAGGAGAUCAGAGGGAGUUCGUCGUCAGGAACCUGAUAGAAGGACAUCGCUAUGUUUUCCGUGUAUCUGCGGCGAACAAAAUAGGACAAUCUGAACCAACAGAAUACAAAGGAUCUAUAGUUACUAAAGAUCCCUGGGAGGUUCCUGGGGAGUGUGGUCGUGUAUCAGUAGAGGAUUGGACGCCGACAUUCGCAGAUUUGGUUUGGAGUGCUCCCACGUGGGACGGAGGAACUCCAAUACUCUCAUAUCUUAUUCAAUUCAAAGAGCGUAGUAUGAGAGAUUGGUUGGAUGCGGCUGAAAUACCAAUUCAAGAAAUAGAAACUUCUGGAACUGAAGUCCGGGGUCGGUGUGAGAACCUAACCGAAGAAUAUGAAUAUCGGUUUCGUGUGAUCGCAAUAAACCGAGGUGGACAGAGUAGACCCAGCCCAGCCUCAGCUCCUGUUAUUGCAAUGCAUAAACAUAUUCCUCCUUCAAUCAAGGGUGGAGGACUAGAAGAUCUAAGAUUGAAGGAAGGAAGAUCAAUUAGGUUUGAUGUUUGGGUAGCUGGAGAACCACCUCCAACAAUUGAAUGGUUUAGAAAUGAUACAAAGCUAGUAAAUGAUGAUCUAACAUCUAUCAGUAUAUAUACAAAGAAUGCCUCAGUUUAUAGCUUGAAAAAUGCAGUGCUAAGUAUACCUAAGGCAUUAGAGGAAUCACAUGAUGGUGUGUAUAAACUGCGCCUGAGAAAUGAGUCCGGAGUAUUUGAAUCGAUUUCUAAAGUUGAAAUUGAAGGUCCACCUGGAAGGAAGAAAGCUUUAGAACAGAUUAAAGAAGAAGAGAAGGAGCUAGAUGAUGAUAUUGAAGAGGUGAUUAAUGAUAAGCUACCAGAUCCAAAAAUUGAUGCUAAGGAUGAGGAUAAAGACUCAGGGUUGAAGAUUGAAGAAGAAUCUAAUAUUGGAUCUGAGGAAGAUUAUGAUUGGACAGAAUAUUCUGAAGGGGAAAAUUCUUCUGAUCAUGAUAACCUGAAACAUGAGAGCACUCAUGUUGAAGAUGUUGAAGAUGAACUUAUUUCAGCUGAAAAUAAAUUGGAAAGUGAUGAUCAUGAUUUUGAAAAAAAUAAUACAAUUACUGAUGCGGUGAGAACUGAUGACCAAGAUCAUGGUAACAAUAAUGAAAUUGCUGAUGCGCUGACAUGUGAUGAUCAUGAUUAUGAAAACAACAAAAUUACUGAUGAAAGUUUUAUACCUGAAGCUAAUGUUAAUUAUGAUAUGAAACCAUUACAAACUGAAGAUAACAACUAUAGCAGUGAACCAUUUUCAAAUGAUAUAUCAACUGCAGUAGAAUACAAAACCUUUCAAAAAGAAUUCACCAAUAACAAUUCUAACACCUGUGACCAAAUCACAUGUCAACAAAAUGAAACUUGCCACCCCAUUGAGAGUUUCACAAAACAAACGUCAAUUGGUAUAGAUCAUGAAACUUACACUGAAGAAGAGAUAUUAUCCAAACAUGUAAGCAUUAAUAAUGAAGAUGAAGGUACUACUAAGAACUAUGAUGAAUAUAAGAACAUGCCCCUGGAAGUCAAAGAUGAAUGGGCACAUAAAGAAGAUUUGUGUGAUAGUCAGCAUAAACAAGUUGAAAAUCAUUCCAAUAUUGCAGAAGGUAUUACUGAGAGUGUUAUUUCUCCUGACAUUAAUAUCCCACAAUUCACUAGUAAUGAGGAAAAUUUGAACAGGGAUAACUCAGGCGUGAAUGAAAACUGUUCAACUUUAAACAUGGCCAACAUUUCAUUUGAGGAAAACAGUCUGACUAAAACUAGAUAUUUAGAUAAUGAACAAGUGUCUGAGAGCAAUGUUAAUAAACCUUUGCCUGGUGACAGUUUAGAGAUAGGAAACCUGAAUACCGACCCUUGUCAUUCUCCCGACAACAUUCAAGAAUCUGGCAUUAAAUCUCCUAGAGAUUGUGAAGAAAAAUGUGAAAAUAGUCAGGAAACAGGUAAAAGUUUAGCACUAGAGUUGAAUGACCCUGAUAGUACUGAAAGUAUGCAGAUGCACAGCAACAGUGCUCAGCUGCAAGAUAAUGUUGACACUUGUCAAAGUGCAAAUACUGUACCUGCUGUGAAAGCAAGGAAAGAUUCCCUGGCAGAGUGGGCAAAAAUAGAAAAUGAAAAGCUGCAAGCACAGCUCAUAAAAGACAGAGAAAAGGAAUUAGAUAAACAGAAGCAGGAGAAAGAACUUGAAAGACUUCAGUUGGAAAAGUCAGAGCUUGUGUCUUCACUUAAAUUACAAUUAUAUUCAAGAUUAGAGCAUUUAGGGUUCUCACUUUCAUCUGGAGUACAAGACUUUAAUUUUGAUAAUGGAGACAGUUGUCUCAUGUCUCUGCUGGACCAAAUGAACCGAGAUGAUCAAGAUUUCAAAGUUUGGGAGCGGGAUGAUUACUCUUUCCUCAGAUGGUAUGUGACAAAACAAAUGGAAACUCAUAUAACUAAGAAUACCCAAUUACCUUUUAUAAAAAUGAUCAAAGGGGAUCCAAUGGAUUAUGUUGAGCAUAUUUCAGAGGAUUAUGUUCCAUUAGAUGAUAUAUUUCUAAGUGCUGCUGCUGUUAUAUUCAACAAAGACAUAAUAAUAGUUCCAGCAGUUGAAGAUGAAGAAGUAAGGGUUCUGUAUGGAGGCCCAGGUUCUACUAAAGGUAAAGGAGCUCCCCUAUACAUGGGCUGCAUAGAAACAGAGCAUGAAAUUCCUCCCCAGUACUACAGCAUUCUACCAAAAGAAAAUUGCAAUUCUAACUUUGUAUAUGGAGAGGCUUCAGAUAGAAAAGUAUCGAUCUAUCAGAGCAAAGAAGAGAAGAAAGAAAAACGUCAGCCAAGAGGUUGGAAAAGGAUGGAUUCCUAUUCUGGAAGUGUAUCUAAAGAUCUUGAGAGUAUGAUUAAUGAAAUUGUUAAAGAUGAAAACUUAGAAAAUCUGUUUGAUAAACUUGAUCAGUGUGAUGAUAGUGAAGAUGAAUCCCAACCGGAUGCAGUUACAAAUACAACUGACAUAGAAAAUAAUAGGAAUUUGACAGACACAUAUGGUAUUGAAAACAGUAGCUAUAUUGAUAAAGUAUCAGAGUUUAAAAAUCAAAAAAUCAUUGAUGAUUACAAUACAAACAGUUCUAACAUUGAGAACACACUUGAGACAGCAGAUACACUAAAUAACUCUAAAGAUGAUCUUGCUGAUUGCGAUAACUUUUCUCAAUCUACACUGACACAGGACCAAUCCUGGAACCAAGAAAAGCUCAGCAAUGGAAAUCAUAUCUUAGAGGAUAUGAUUUUAGAAUCAAAUUGUAACCCAACACCUAAAGCUGAAAAUAUGAUUAUAAAAAGAAAAAUCAAAAUCACAGCAUCAGAGACAAGAGGAGGAACGGAGUCAUUUACUGAACAGGUUAAAGAUUUAUCUUUACAUGAAGAAACCCAAUUAAACAAUAAAUAUGUUGAUCAUCCUAAUUGUAUUAUUGCAGAGGAACAACAGAACACCAGCGAAGCUCAACAUUGUUUAGAUUUAGAAUUAAGCCCUGAAGUUGUAGAAAAUACUUCAGAUUCCAACCUAACUACAACACUUGCCAAGCAUAAAAACCUUGAGAUAUUUGAAGCAGUUAAUGAUAACGAAAAGAAUGAAAAAGUUCAGAACAAUUCUUUUGAACUUGGGUCAACGUCUGAAUUUCAAGAAAACAAAAGGAUUAGUCCAAGUGAAAUUAUUUCUGAAAAUGUGUGUGAAGAAACUGAAAAGAAAGCUAUUUCCGUUGAUGUAGCGAAUAAUGAUGAUGUUGUCAGGCAGCUGACAGUAGAUAAUCAGUCAGUAAUCUCUGAAACCGAACAAGGUGUUAAAAAUGGACAAAUGUUAAAUGAAAACAAUAUGGUUAUUGACAAAAAUAAUGAAGACAGAACCGAGAAGGUUAUUAUGCGUCAAAAGAAGUACAGUCGACGUAAAUCAACCGCAAGCUUCCGAUGGUCUGGAGUUGAAAUGUGUCAAGUGGAUGGAACCCCUACUUGUCAAAGCAGCAUAAGCGCUCCUGAAGCAGCUUCCCUCGUUGGCCCAACAAAGUCACCACAGUCCAUAAAUACAGAAGAUUUGAUCAACUUAAAAUCCAGUUUAUCAAUGAAGGUUCAGGAAUAUGGUCUUCAGAUCUCAAGAACAGAAGAAGGUAAAUGCAAAGACUCCUGUCUAGUUGCCCUCCUGGAUCAGAUGCAUUCUCCAGGUCAGGAUUUCAAGGUCUGGGAUAAGGAUGAUCAUUCCUUCCUUUACUGGUAUAUUUGUAAACAAAUGGAUAUUCAGAUUAGUAAUGGUACUGCAGCUAACUUCCUUCAUAUUGGGGAUGAACACACUCCUGAGCUGGUGAAACAAUUCCAGGCAGACAACAUUCAGACAAAUGAAUAUUUUCUUAGAGCUUUCUCAAGAAUAUUCAAGAAAGAUAUUGUGAUUGUAUCCAGUGAUAAGGCUGAAUGUAUAAGAUCUGGAACUGAUCAGAAAGAUUUAAAGAAUCCUCUGAUCUUUGGUAAACUAGAAGAUUCUAACUCUGGGAGUGAACUAUUCCUAUCUCUAGUACCAGGAGGAGAAAACUCAAUCCUUAUCAACUCUUUAUAUAGUACUUUACUGUAAUAUUUUUAAUAUUUACUUAAUUUUUAUGUAUUCAUAUUUUUUAAUGCUUCUUAUUUUUCCCAUGAUAAAGAUACGAAAAUUAACCUUAUCAUGAUUUACAAUAGAUCAUGAAUUUAAUAAAAUACUACAAUUG